GAUUGAAAAUUCAACAUUUGUGCAUAAGUAUAUAUUAGAGAGAGCUGUUGGUAGUUCAAUAUACGUAUAUUAAGUGAUUGAUAUUAUUCAGUUAAUGAAAUGAACACAUUGUUAUUACAUGUUAAGUUCUGACUGUUUCUACAGUGACUUGGGUUUCAUUCAUAUUUAGUAGUAUUUAACAACAAUUACUGUACUAAUUAUAAACAAGGUUAACAACUAGUUCAUUUUAAACUGUAUCAACAAAACAUCUCACAGAUUGUGUACAUACAAUUGUUCUCGUGUAUACUGAAGUGUGUCAUUGUGCAUCAGUUUGUAAACUUUCUCCUAAAAAUAGGAUAAAAAUGACAUUGCUUGAUACACUGUCGAAUUUCAGGUAUUGAGUCUACCUGAUUCUGUAAAGUGUGAACUUAUUAAAAAUUUCCACUUUUGAAGCAUUAUGCACAUUCGUUCGAAUACUUCUAUUUCCAGAAAAAUUUCAUAAAAGUCUUCAAUCACAUUUAUGUUUAACAAAUGGCAAAAUGAGUGAUCUAAAGGAUAUGGAUGGAAUUACUGAACAUUUCCAAGGCACUACUACACUUACCACAACUUUUGAAGGAGACCGAAUAGAUUCAGUUGAAGAUUAUAUUGUCGAUAAUACACAAAUGGAAAACAAUCGGCAAUCAUCACCGUUUAUCGAACGUGAUAUAGAUGAAGAUGCACAAACUGUUAACGAAGAAGAAGAAGAAGUGGUAGAGGAUUAUGUGCACCAUGAUUAUGCGAGAGAGUCAAGCAACAUGAAGAAUGAUAAACAAGUUUUUCAAGAGAAAAUGAAAGAUAUUUUACAGGAAAUGAAAAUGAAAGAAAUUAUUCGUGAGAAAAAUGUUGAUACUAAUCUAAAACAAUCUAAUCCAUACCCAACGAGUAAUAGACCAUUGACACCUGAAUCGAUUGAUCAAACGUUUGAUCAUUCAGGUGAUGAUAGUUAUAUGAAAGAUGAAGAGGUAACUGAAGAAGAGAUACAAGUGGAGGAAGUAAUUGACGAAGAGAAUAAAGUGACAAUGAGAGUCGAUGAUCGAGAAAGUUCUGUUCAAUAUGAAUUUGAACCAGAACCAGAGAAUGACAAAUUUAUUGAAACACAGACACAAAUGAAAAAUGAUGAAUUUCAGUAUGAAGGACGAUUAUCAGAAAACAUCACAUAUAGAUCAGAAGAUUCGAAUUCACAAAGUCGUUUGAUUUAUAAUGAAGUUCCGGCUAUGAACUCUAAAACUAAUGAUAUAGUUAAUUUUGUUCAAGAACACGUACAAACUUUGAAAUUAGACGAAGAGCCGCAGGCUAAUGUUAAAUAUUCUGAACAGUCUAAACAUUGUCACGUACCGGCUUUCUAUAAUGAAGCAAUAGUUGAUCAUGCAGAUAGAACAUUACCAAUUUCAUCUAUAUCUCCGACACUGACAGUUGUACAAACAUCAUCUCAAAACUCGACAAAUUCUAGAUCUCGUUCAAUUAGACCAAUAUAUCAAAGUUCAGUAACUCUGUCUAAUCACAAUCAAUCAACUCCACAUAAUUCUAAAUCAGUUAUGCAUUAUCCUGUUCGUAGAACAUAUUCACCAAGAGAAGAACCCACGAGUCCAACAAGAACUGCAAUUCAUAUUGGAUCACAAGUAAUAUCAGAACAAAGUGGACCAUCGUUUACAAUAUUCUUAAGACGUCCAAACAGUGAACGCCAUUGGGGCUUUUCAUUUUAUGGUGGAGCAGAAUAUGGAUGUCCACCGUUUGUAAACAAAGUGACCUCUAAUGGAUUAGCCAAUCAAGCGGGCUUAGAGGUUGGUGACGUUAUAGUAAGCAUUUGUAAUUCCUUAACAGUUGGCAAAACGUACGAACAAGUCAAGGCGGAGAUUUUACGGGCUGGCAAUGAAUUAGAUCUUAUAUUAAUCAGACGAGGUGUAGACUUAAGUAAAGUUGCACAGAUUGCUCCACAUAUAAUGACUACAUCAUCUUUUGGUCAUCAAUCAUCAGUUGAUUCGGAUAGUAGUAGUCAGAGAAAGUUAUCAACAAGAUCAUUAACACGAGGUCGAUCAUUCCGCCCGAUUCAAACAAAAUCGUUCCGUAUUUUAGAACAACAGCUUAGUAUUAGUGAAAGCACCGGUAAUCCAGUUGUUAAACCUAGACAAAACGUCAAUGAACUACGUAUUAUAACCUCACCUAGCUAUAGUACUACAUUUACUAAACCCUAUGGACAAAAUAUAAACAGUCAAGGAUUUAUUACUGAUGUUCGAAAUAAACCACAACAAAUACAUCACGUAACAACGUCAACAACAUUUAUACAUCCUAAAUCCAAUCAGAAUUAUAAUCAACCGCAAUCCAACUCAUAUGACUAUAGUCAUACAGCGAGUAAUGUUUCUCCAAAUCGGUGGGUAACUACUCAACCUAUUCGAAUAUCAAAUACAAUGAAUACUAAUAAUAUGAACAAUGUUAAUUGUCAGUUAUACCAACGAAAUGAAAAUGUCAACUGGGUAAAGGCUACUCCAUCUAAUCUACAUUCUCAAAGUGAUUUGUAUAAUCAAAGUACUUAUAUAACAAACAGUUACACUGAACAGAGAGAUUCAUCAAGUACUAGAUCUGUUCCAAUCUAUUCUACUUCAUAUUCACCCUAUAGACAACUAUAAAAUCUGGUAGCGGUUAAAUCUUAAACUUCUACUGAAUAAAAAAAAUUUUUUUUUUCCAUAGAUUUCCUUAUAUAAAGUAUACAAUUAUAUUAAAUCAUUUUAUAUAAUAAGAUUUAUCCAUUUGUUUCAUCAAUCUGUUUUAUUUAAAUUAUAUUUGAUAGUUUUGUGAUUUUGUUUCGAUAAAUGAAACAUUCACUUAUCUAUUAUUAGUAUUCUACCUUCAUCUCUUCUUAUAUCGUAUUUUCUACUAUACUUUAUAAUUUUCUAAUAUACUUUAUCUUAAUCUAAUGGAAUGAAAAUGAACUGUUUCAUUUAUUGAAAAAUUGAUCAUUUUCUCCUACCUAAUGUUUGAAUUGCCUUAUCCUACUCUACAUUAUUCAUUCGAUCAGAUUUAAUAUUAUUCUUUUUAAAUUUAGUGCAGUAAAAGAAAAAAUAAUUGAUCAAUGUUACACAUCAUUAUGUACAUUGUACCGUGAACACUUCAAAUAAAUGUACCUGUCAUUGUUGUCAACCCCUUCUCUUAAUCAGUUUGACUGAUACUUCAUAUUUUUGUUUUUAGUAAAUUUUGACUGAAUUGAGUAGUUUGCUAACAUUUCCUUCAUUUAUAUAUACAUAUAUACAAAUUCAUUUGAUCCUAGUAAUUAUACAGUUUAUUUUUUACCAAAAAUAAUUUUGAUGUAAACUACAAACAACUGAAAGAAUAAGUAUUUGUCCCAGCUAUUGUUCAGUUUAAAGUGAAGUCCAGUUAACUUUAGACAGAAUAUAACUUUACCUAGGUAUU